UGCGACUCAAAAGUUGAGUAGAAUUCGAAACGGAGACGACACGAAAUCACAACGAGAGAUCGAACAAUCUAUACUCUGCAGCAUCCCCAAACGCAAGAGAGUCCGAAUUGAACAGCACGGUCCAAACCAGCGAACCUUUUGACCAAACAGAUAUUGCUGCAGUCAACAACAGGGAAUCUACGAGAGAAAAAAUGUCUGUGACAGCGACUGAUCUCGGAAGUGAUACUGACGCUUAUGUCUCUAAUCGCAGCAGCGUCGAAGAUUUAGCGACCUCUCCCGUGUCAACAAGGUUUGAGAGCAUAUGGUUGUCAAGUCCAGAACAGGGCCCAUCCGAAAGAAGUUUCGUCGAUGGACCCGACAAUAACUACUUAGAGGAAAACGAUGCUCGAUUUAUUGUACCACCACCGAAAUUCAGCGACCCAUACCCAGAUGAAUUUCAAAAUUCUGCCCCGAGCAUUCCUGCCAUUCCAAACCGCCGCCAAGGAAGUCCAGUGGACAUUGAUAAUGAGGGGAAUAAUGGUACGGGGAGCACGGACGAUAUUGUCCGGGAAAAAAUAGAUGACGGUACUGACUUAAACUCUUCAAAGGAUUCGAAACCUAUAUUUGAAGACAAGAGAGACGGAAAGAGAAGUCAACAGGGACAAAACAAUAACGUCAAAAUAACUCACAGAGUACGCCGUCGCUCUAGACAUCGUCGGAAACAACAGAUAUUAUCUGAAACAACGUGCACUGACGAUGAAACAUCAAUAGAGAACUAUGGGUUUGGUUGCGUGAUGAACUCAAAUACAUUGCAGGAGCGAUCACAGCAAGCAUGGAAAUCAAGGCAAAAGAAAAACUCUAUCGCGCGCACGAAGCAUGACAACGGACCAAAUACUUCAGUUGGAGCUCCGAACCGAAUUCAUCACUUCGAAACCCAGGAUCAAUACGAAUAUCGAAGCAAAGACAAGGAAGAUAUGUCUUUGGAUAGGAGCCUCAACUCAAUGUACACUAAAACCUUGGAAAGCGAGGUAGAAGACAUGAUAAAGGAUAUUUUAUUUAUUGGAAGUCCGGAUAAGAACAAACCCGGGAGGCGAAAAUAUCGACACAAACCUGACGUUAAGAGAAAAGCAAAGAAAAAUGGUUUUCCAACAAUAACCAAGGAUGCAGGUGCACGGAGUAAAGCACGACUAGGUGUUCUCGAUGAGACUAACAUAGAAACCGGUGAAGAUUAUCCAUCUUCAGCUUCCGAGUCGACCUCUGAUGUCGCCAAGACGCGUCGUGGUUCUUCAAACGUUAUAAAUUCAACAAAGACAACUUCGGAAUCACGACCAAAACAUCAAUCGCGACAUAUCAAUGCUGGAGAUGAUAAGUCUUCCUUAGCAUCAACUAUAUCCAGAGCCUCGUCUGUUGAUAGCAACACCGUGGAAACUUUUUUGUCGGAAAAGGAUACGAUGGAUGAUCCCGUGAAUGCAAUAAUUGGUUUGGUCGAAGGUGGUCUAUCCAUCAUGUCAUCAGCUAUUGGAUAUGCACUUGAAAAUUACACGCAAGAAGGGGAUAAAGAAAGUGCAAUAGAUAAAAGUAAAAAAACUCAGGGUGAUUAUGAUAUUUUCGAGUCAUGUGGCAUUGCAAUGGGUGAUCAGAAUAUGAUUACCGACGCUAGUGGUCAGAGAAGAAUUGGAAUGGGAGGCACGUCGUCUAAGAAAGAUUUGACUGGAUUUCCUGAAAAUGCUAACUUGACAACUGCAAAGAAUAAGUUGCUGGGAUCAAAACAUAGCGAAGAAAAUCCUGAUACUGACACGAAUGCAGCUGAAGAACACGAAAGAAGUUUGAUUGUUGGUACCCAAAAUAAAGUGAACCGACGCCCGUUGGGGGUGGAAAGAAGCCCCGAGCUUCCUAAACUUGCGUUGCAUGCUGCUCGGUCAGUUCAUAGGCUUCAGGGUGUUGCGUACGACAAUUCAAUCCCGAUCGAUAUGUAUAAGGAAGUGAAGAUAUGUCCUGUGACGCUCAAGCUACCUCUAGGCAGUAAGUGCCUCUUCUUUAUCGGUUUCCUUCCAUACUAUUUUAUAUUUUUUGAAUUACCCAUUUGCCUCCUUUUUGUAUUCCUCUUUAUUCAGUUAUAUUUCUUGAGAACGACGGUAAGUUUACAAAGAUCCAGACGUUCCGAUGUGUUGCUUUGACUCCAAAUUUACUAACAGACUUUUUGAAAAACAUUCCACAUCUUGUAUGAGAUAGGAGGUUGUUUCGUGACAAAGGUUUCACCAGAUGGUAGCGCAGCAUUGAGUCGUCGAGUUGAACUUGGCGAUCAAUUAGCUUCAAUCAAUGGUAUUAGUAGUAUCAAGAUGAAGGUUGAUGACAUUUGCGACGUGGUUCGGUAUUCACCAAAUCCAAGUGAAAUCAAACUAAUUUUUCUCCGGUACAUAGGUCCUUUGAGACCAUUGGCUAAGAAUUCAAAAACAGAAAAUAAAGCUUGCGAAAUUGAUGAUGUGCGGCAUUAUAUUAUGAAUACUGACCGCGAGCCGAGUUCUUCGCCAAAUAAGAAAACAUCGAGAACGGUGAAAUCUCAUGAGACUAAGAAACCAACCAAAAAAAAGGGUGGCUUUCGUUUGUUUGGACGGGGGAAAAACAAUAGCGAUGAAAAAGGUGUGAGGAGCAGAGGUAACGUGAACUAGGUCGUUGCAUUCUAAAUACAUAUCUGUAUGGAAGAAUUAAACUUACUACUGAAUAGUGGAAUGAUUUGGUAAAACACGAAAUGCUGAUGAUACCUCUACUACAGAAUCAAUUCCGCGAAAAUUUGGGACAUCAAGCCCUUCCGCCGUUGUUGUGAAUAGAAACAUAUUUUUAAGUAAGGUAUCCUUGCCUCAGUCUGAUGAACAAAAGAUUUUUUGAACGAAACGACUGUUCUACUUAUCCACAUGUUGUUCCAUACUAGUAUCUCUGACUAUUCUGUGAAUCCUAAUUGAUUAAAUUUCUUGAAAAUAAGGCGAUUAGUCAAAACGCUGGCCUGAAUUUCGUGCAUGAAAUUCCUGUGUCAUUGACAAUGUCUAUUUUUAUGGUGGUCUUCAUUAGCGAAAUGAGUCAGUACUAAUAUCGCAACCUCUGAAAUGCUUCAAUCUGUGUAACAAGAGUCUCCAAAUACGGAGUAGGAACCCCCAAUUUUCGAGCUUUUUGUACUGGUUUUGUGAAAAGAUAGUGCACUUCAAGAGGACGACCUUCCACAAAGUCGAUCAUUGUUGACGUUCUGUAAGCUCCCAUGUUAUCACUCAGAUCCAUCAUUUUCUUCUUAUCCACAUCACCAAGGAAAAACUCCUCUCCAAAGCCAUUUGCUUCCAAAUCGGCAUUCGCUGCUGCAACUGUUUCGUCCAUAAUUUUGAAUGCAAGGCGUCGCAAUCCUGAAUCAUUCACAAUUUUAUCUACUGUGAUUCCAUUCAUUGCAACUGAUAUCCCAUUAAAUGGCAGGUUCCAUAAACAUUUUCUCCAUCGCCCUCCUAACAGUGAUGGUUCGUAAGCAAUAUCUAUCGAAGUCGGGGCCCAUAGAUCUCGAAAUGCUUGCUGGUUAUCUUCAGCUGUAAAGGAUCUGCGAGACAUUGCGACACCUCCACUGAGUAGUCCAGCAUAGGAGUGUUCUAUUUUACCAGGGCCUGUUCGAUUUGAGCAUACUAAUGCCAUUCCGCCGUACAAAGCGGCACAAAAUUCUUCGCCGUUUCGUUCCUUGAGUAAGCGGACUAAGUCAUCUUCGAUAAGGCCGUUCAUGAUUGCAAGUACUCGAGUCCUCUUUGCGUCUAGUAAAGGAUGGAUCAAGCCUGGAAUAUCGUCGAGGGAGGAACUCUUUAUGCACACAAUAACCCAAUCCACAGGACCGACGUCUUCCGGGUUCUCAAAGGCUCUUAAGUCCUCGGGUGAAAUGAAAAUAUCCCCGUCGAUAGAAUUCACAGAGAAUCCGUCGCGAGUGCUUACUUUGUAAUUUUCGCCUCUCAUAUGGAACUUGACGUCGUAUUUUCCAGAUUCCCAUAGUCUUGCUCCAUAAUAACCACCCACAGCCUAUGCGAUCGUAACCAAUACAUUUAGUAAAAAAUCUCAGAUGUG